UUAUACAGAGAGAAGAUUUAUUAUUAAAAUUUUCUCUGCUUUUGUUGGGUGUAAUUCGCCAUUAUCAUCAUCGUCUUCCUCGUCAUCUAGCUAAGCCCCCUUCCAGCUCAAACCCUAGGCCCCAAUUCUUCUCCCUCCUUCCCUUCGCGUUCUGCACUUCAUCCCCAAAUUGUCGUUAGGGUUUUCGGAAUCUGAGAUUGUCGGAAUCUGGUGAAUCGCCCUCGGAGAAAUCUCCCCCCAAUUCGGUCUUCGCAUUUCGAAGAAUUAGUUAUGGACGGUGAUUCCUGGAGCGCUCGUCUCUCUUCCGCAUCUAAGCGUUAUCAAUCGGCUCUUCAAUCGCGAUCUGAUAUGUUUAUGGGGUUUGAAGAAAUAGAUGGGGAUGACGAUAUAAGGGAGGAGUUUCCAUGCCCGUUCUGCUCGGAAUAUUUUGAUAUUGUUGGAUUGUGCUGCCAUAUUGAUGAAGAGCAUCCAGUUGAGGCAAAGAAUGGGGUAUGUCCGGUUUGUGCAAUGAGGGUGGGGGUAGAUAUGGUAGCGCACAUAACUCUACAACAUGGCAACAUUUUCAAGAUGCAGCGCAAAAGGAAGUCGCGGAAAGGUGGUUCUCAUUCAACAACACUAUCUUUGUUAAGGAAAGAACUUAGGGAAGGAAAUUUGCAAUCCCUUUUUGGGGGUUCAUCUUGUAUAGUGUCCUCAUCCAAUGUUGCAGCCGAUCCAUUGUUAUCAUCAUUUAUCUUGCCCAUGGCUGAUGAUUUUGUUGGUGUCCAGCCUCCCUUUUCAACGGAAACAAGCACUACCAAGAAAAGCUCGGCUGAGAAUGUAUCAGAGCGGUAUGUCGUUACCUAUUCUUCUAUAUAUAUAUAUAUUCCUAGUAUGGUUUCCUAAUAUGUAUUUAGUGGA